AUGAAUCAUGAACUAACGCGUCGUUACCCUCAACCGGUACCCGUUUCAGCAGCCACAGCGCUUCAUUACAGACAGUACAAGAACAACACCAGCGUUAACUCUUCCCUGGGCUCUAUCCCAGACCACAUUGAACUAUUAAACAUCAAAGCAGAUCUGGAGGCAUUGCUGCCUUUAUCAGAAAGAAGAAUUCGAAACCUCACAAAAGAUUUAUCCAACAUCAAGAAGAAUGUACGAGUUCGAGAAUUGACACAAGAGGAGCAAAGGCAGUUGGAUCAACAGCAGGUGCAGCUUCAAAAGAAGCAACAACAAGCACAGCAACAACAGCAGCAGCAGCACCAAUUGCUAUCACAACAGCAGACACAACAACAUCAAGAUCCUUCCAAAAAAUCGGGAAAGAGUGCUAGUCCAGCCAUGUUGGAGAAAUUGCAAAUCAAGCAAGAAAAUACAGGUAUUCCAGUUGCUUCAUUAUUUGUAUCUCGAAAUCUUAUAUUUGCUCAACCUAUUUUUACCAUGCUGCUUUUCUCUGUUUCUUUUCUUUCUCCCUUGCUCUCACAAGCAGACGAGUCUUCAGAUAUGCUACACUCAAACACACAUAGCAAAAACCAGCUUGAAAGACAACUUGCGUUGGAGGCCUUACGGAGGAAACGGAGAAGGGAUGAUGAUAUCAGUCUACCAAAAAGUACCACAUCUCGAAGCGAAUCGCCACUGAACGUUGUAAAGCUAAAGAGAAUGGACGAUGCAGCCUCCAGCACAGUUACUCGCAGUCUAUCGCCCCCCUCCACAGCAUCCACACCCAUAGCAAAAGCACACUCAAAAUCAGGACAGCAUACGAAAAAGAAGAAAUCGACAGACACAAACAGAAAUCACAGCAGCAAACAACAAAACCACGCAAAAGCACACAAUCGAUCCAACACACCCGACACUGAUUUUGUCCGAGUCAAAGCAAAAGAUCAAGUUCCCAUUUUGACAUUCUGGACAGCCAUUGAUCCGCACUUUCGACCUCUUGCCGAGGAAGAUAGGUCAUUUUUACUACCCAAAGAAGACGACGACAAGUUUUACACCAUACCGCCCCUAGGCAGACACUAUAUGGACGUCUGGUCUGAGGAUGAUAUACCAGCGAUGAGUCGAUCCCACUCGCCCAUGAGCUCAAGUUCAAGACAAGGCUCACACGAUCAUGUAAAAUACUUGACUCAUCCUUUGACAGACGAUCACUUGUUUAAGGAGGAUAUUAGCUGCGGAAGAUUGACAGAACGCUUAUUGAGUAGUUUGGUGACAGAUGAAGGCAUCAUGAUUCAUGACGAAGAGGACGAUCAAGACGAUGUGAUAUCGAAUGAGCUGUUGAAUACGACCAAAGACUACCACCACAAUCGAUCCAUAGAGGAAAUGUCGUUUGUUCCCCCUGAUGACAUUGCGCUUUUUGAGGAGAGGUUGAAAACUGAAUUGAGAUAUGCAGGAUUAUUUGGUGAAGAUGAUGUCGACUGGAGCGCAAGAGAGGAUGAUGAAAUUUGUGCAGAACUAAGACUAGCAGCGAGAGAACUCAAGGAGCAAUACACAACAAAUGAGUACCGGAAAAAGCGUCUAUUGAGCGUAGUUGAUAACCAGCUGCAGUACGAGCAAUAUAGACAUGUUUUGGAUAACCUAGAUAUUCAAGUAGAGCAGUGUUAUCUAAAGCGAUUUAGGACUCAAAAAUCAAAAAAGAGAAAGACACCGGCUUCUUCGAAAUCUGCUCUCUCAGAGCACGCAGUACACGCCAUGACCAAAAGAAGGACUUGGGUCAAUGCGCUGGAGGGCAUUUUCAAAGACAAGAACCGUGUCAUGCCUACAGAAUCUAUAUUUGAAGACGAUGGACAUGUAAAAUCAGAAAAUCGUGUAAAUCAAUAA